CUCCCAUGGGAUGAUUAAACCAUCUUUUGCUUCUUUCCCUUUCCAAAUAUACUCAGUAGCGCCUUCCUCUUACGGCCGCCGAUCGUACCUUCCUCAUAACUCUUUUGUAUCCAGUACCGCAGAAAUGGAAAGAACGACCGUCAGUCGGAGAUAGCGGAGACACGAGACAAAUAACAAAGACGACAUCCAGAACAUUCUCCAUGGAGUUGGCACUCUUAUACUUCAUGUUCAGAUGCCGACCUUGCCAAGAACGCCAUCUCCGACUCUUUUGCGGGGAUCGGGGAGACUCCCCGUGGCGCAUCUGGAACUCCGCGUCGGACAUGGAUUUACUCCAAUAAUCCGAUUUGAUGACGUGGGACAGCUGUGUAACUACCGGCGCUAUUGUGCGUGUAUCCAGUGUGGGGUGAGGGGCAGCUCACUAGAUCAGAGUCCACGGUUGAAGGCCACAAGAUCCUUGCAAGUGAUCGCAAGUUCUUCAUUCUCUGUCUUUUCAACAUCUUUUGUUAAGUCGCUAGACGUCGGUACUCAUGAUGCCCGAAAUACUCAAUUCCAAACUGUUAGACCACGGCUGGACGUUCAAAGAUGCAAGCGAUGACAAACCAGAAUCAUGGUUGCCCGUGUCCAAAGUCCCCUCAGUCGUCCACCUCGACCUCCUCGACAACGGCCUCAUUCCGGAUCCGUUCGUCGGCCUCAAUGAGCAGAAAGUCGAAUGGGUCAGCUAUCGAGAUUGGGUCUAUCGCACGACGUUUGCGACACCUUCGAGCCAUUCCCUGGAUACGCGGCACAGUCUUGUCUUUGAGGGCCUGGAUACCUUUGCGUUGGUGAGGUUGAAUGGCAGUGUGAUUCUCCAAUCUGAUAACAUGUUUAUCCCGCACCGAGUUGAUAUCACGGAUGCGGUAUCAAGCGAUCCGAACGAAUCGAACGUUUUGGAGAUCGUCUUCGAUUCUCCCGUUCGCCGCGGCCGGGAAGUUGUCAAGAGCCAUCCCGAGCAUCGGUAUAUUGCGCAUCAGACAGAAGUCGGCCGUCUGGGCGCGCGGAAAGCGGCAUAUCACUGGGGCUGGGAUUGGGGCCCAAUUCUGGUGACGUCGGGUCUGUGGAGACCUGUUCGACUGGAGACAUACGUGGAUAGGAUUGAUGAUUUGUGGAUGCAGAGCACUGUUGCAGAGGACCUUUUAUCGUGCUCGGGGACACUUCAUGUGCGGACCGAGUAUCCCGGGGCUGGAAGGGUGCGAUUUGAGUUGCGAGACCAAGAGACUGUCGUUUUUGAGGCAGAUGUCGAUGUGAAUCCCAAUGGGACAGCGGAAGCCAGAUUUGAGCUUGAUAAUCCUGCUUUGUGGUAUCCUCAUGGAUACGGAGAGCAGAGGAGGUAUGAGUUCGGGGCAAAGCUGUUCAAGGGGCAGACCCUACUGCAUAAAGUGUCGAAGAAAGUGGGCUUUCGUCGAGCUGAGUUGGUGCAGGAGAAGGAUGAGCAUGGCCAGUCGUUCUACUUUCGAAUCAACAAUGUCGACGUAUUUUGCAGCGGAUCGAACUGGAUACCUGGAGAGAGCUUCUUGCCUCGGCUAACAGACGCUAAGUAUCGGGACUGGCUGAAGCUUAUGGUUGAGGGCAACCAGAAUAUGAUCCGCAUCUGGGGUGGCGGUGUCUUUGAGCCAGAGAUAUUCUACGAGACGUGCGACGAACUCGGCAUCUUGGUGUGGCAGGAUUUCCUCUUUGCCUGCGCCUCUUACCCAACGUACCCCGAGUAUCUUGAAUCAGUUGAGCAGGAGGCUCGAGCUAAUGUCAGGCUACUCCGUCACCAUCCCUCUAUCGUUAUAUACGCCGGCAACAACGAGGACUAUCAAAUCCAGCAGACAUACAACCUGACCUACGACUACGAAACCGACAAGGAUCCGAACUCAUGGUUGAAGUCAUCCUUCCCGGCACGCUAUAUCUACGAGUAUCUUCUACCCAAGGUAGUAGAAGAAGAAUGCCCUGGGCUCCCUUAUCACCCAAGCAGCCCAUGGGGAGGUGGCAAGCAUACUACCGACCCGACAAUUGGAGAUAUACAUCAGUGGGAUGGUACGCAUUUGUCUUCUCUAAUCUUAAUGGUUUUGCUAAUGUCUAUAGUCUGGCACGGAACUAUGCAGCCCUACCAGAACCUUGCCUCGAUGGGCGGCCGGUUCGUUAGCGAGUUUGGCAUGGAAGGGUAUCCACAUAUGCAUACAAUUGACACCUUCUUCGAUAACCUCGACGAGAAGUACCUUCAGUCGCUGACAAUGGACUUUCGCAAUAAAGCUCGAGAUCAUGAACGUCGACUAGGCUCAUACAUACUGCAAAAUUUUAGAAUCAAGCAGGAUUUCAAGUCUUACCUAUAUCUCUCUCAACUCGCCCAAUCCGAGACUAUGACCUUUGCCUACCGCAGCUGGCGACGCGACUGGGGCCAAACGAAGAACCGUCGAUGCGGCGGCAUCCUCGUCUGGCAGUUGAACGAUUGCUGGCCCACGAUAUCCUGGGCGGUCGUUGACUACUUCCUGAUUAAGAAGCCCGCGUUUUACGCCAUAGCACGAGCCUCUCAGUCCCUAGCCAUUGGAGCCUCUCGCACGUAUCACGAAUGGGUCUCCGGACACGCCCGACCACCCACCACCUCGCGUUUCGACGUCUGGGUUGCCAGUAACAGACUGGAAGCUGUAUCCGCUAGUAUAGAAGUGCGAUAUAUCUCAAUUACCACAGGAAAAGACGUCAAACCCCCUUCUAUAUUCCGCAACGUUGAAAUAAACCCCAACGGAACAACGGACAUCCUCACUGAACACCUAAACUACACCGAACCCCCAUACACCACCCCGAUCGUCAUCUCCGCAACACUGACCGUCAACAAUUCAAUCAUAAGCCGGGACAUCGACUGGCCGCAGCCUCUCAAGUACCUCGACUUGAAAGACCGAGGCGUGACCGUGGAAUACCUCGCCGAGAAAAGCGCGAUUAGCGUUACGGCAGCUAAGCCGACUAAGGGCAUUGUCUUUGAAGAGAGGCCUGGCCUUUGGUUCGAGGAUAAUGGGUUUGAUGUUGUGCCGGGGGAUAAGAGGGUUAUUGCUGUUAAGGGCGUUGAGGGUGGUGAGGUGCCGCGGUGGACUCAUCUGGAGGCUGAUAGGGAGGAUGAUAGCAAGGCUGACAGGUGAGUGGUUGUGGUUAAAUGAGUAGUAAACAUAAUUUUAUGUCUUUGGUUUAUUUGACUACCUGUAAAGAUGCCAGAGACAACGACCAGAGCGCGCCAGACUCGCCAUGCGGCUCUCUCCGACUAAUUUACUAAAUCACACGCCAUUCCAGUCCUGGAUCUCGCAACAACCGGAUAAUGCAGCACAACAAACGGGUUUUAUCGUUUUGUUUGACACCCUUUUUACGAGACUUGAAUGAAGCGAAAAGAUAUCGAUUCC